AUGUGGAAGGUCCACUCAUUCCUUCAGAGUAUCUCAUUCAACAACAGUGCUGGAGAUGAAAUUACAUUUAAUGAACAUGGAGAAUUGGCAGCUGGAUUUGAUGUUACAAACUUGGUCACUUUCCCAAAUAACUCCUACAUCAGGGUCAAAGUGGGAGGGCUGGAUCCUCAGGCUCCUCCUGGCAAAGAGCUCUCCAUUGAUGAAGACAGUAUCAAAUGGCACAGAGGCUUAACUGAGGUGCCACCCGUUUCAGUAUGUAAUGACUACUGCCCUGCUGGUUAUGGGAAGAAUAAGAAAGAGGGGGAGAAAUUUUGCUGCUAUGCUUGUGCUCCAUGUCCAGAUGGAAUGGUCUCAAAUGAAAAGGGUAGGACAUACAUGGAAACUUGUCUCAGUUGCCCAGAAGAUCAGUAUCCAAACAAAGAUCAGGAUAGAUGCAUUCCUAAGAUAGCAAACCUUCUAGCCUUUGAUGAACAUUUGGCCAUUGUUUCAACAUUCUCUGCAGUUUUAUUCUCUCCUCUCACAGUUCUGGUGCUGGGCAUCUUCAUUAAGCACCGGGACACUCCCAUAGUCAAAGCCAACAACAGAAGCCUCACCUACAUUCUCCUCAUCUCCCUCUUCUUGUGUUUCCUCUGCUCUUUGAUGUUCAUUGGGAAGCCUAAUGAGGCAAUCUGCCUUCUCCGGCAAACAAGUUUUGGCAUUGUCUUCUCUGUGUCCCUCUCUAGCAUUUUGGCCAAAACCAUCUCUGUGGUUUUGGCACUCAUGGCAACCAAACCAGGAUCCAGGAUGAGGAAAUGGGUAGGCAAAAGACUAGCUUAUUCCAUUAUCGUUUCCUGCUCCAUUAUUCAAGUAGAGAUCUGUGCGCUGUGGCUGGCAACCUCUCCUCCAUUCCCAGAUUUGGACUUACACUCAAUAACUGAAGAAAUAAUACUACAAUGUAAUGAAGGGUCCGUUUUCAUGUUCUAUUGUGUUUUGGGCUACAUGGGCAUCCUGGCCAUUGUCAGCUUCACAGUGGCCUUCUUAGCCAGGAAGUUGCCUGACAGUUUUAAUGAAGCCAAGUUCAUCACCUUCAGCAUGUUGGUCUUUUGUAGUGUUUGGCUCUCCUUUAUUCCAACUUACCUGAGCACAAGAGGAAAAUACAUGGUGGCCGUGGAGAUCUUCUCCAUCUUGGCUUCCAGUGCUGGGUUAUUGGGUUGUAUCUUUUCCCCAAAAUGCUACAUUAUUCUAGUGAGGCCUGAGUUGAACAACAAAGAGCAUCUAAUGCGAAGAAAGAUAUAG